AUGGCCGAGAUCACAAUCACCGGCUUCCGGACCCGCGACGUGCGGUUUCCCACGUCCCUAGACAAGACCGGAUCCGACGCCAUGAACGCCGCCGGCGACUACUCCUCCGCUUACUGCAUUCUCGAGACGGACUCUAAGUUCACCGGUCACGGAAUGACCUUCACAAUCGGCCGCGGCAACGACAUCGUCUGCGCCGCAAUAGUCCACCUAGCCUCGCGCAUCCAAAACCGCACCCUCUCAAGCCUAGUCUCCAACUGGGGCCAGACCUGGCGACACCUCGUCAACGACUCGCAGCUGCGCUGGAUCGGCCCUGAAAAAGGCGUGAUCCACCUCGCCCUCGGCGCCGUCGUCAACGCCGUCUGGGACCUGUGGGCCAAGACCCUGGGCAAGCCCGUGUGGCGCGUCGUCGCGGAGAUGACGCCCGAAGAAGUCGUCCGGUGCAUCGACUUCCGAUACAUCACGGACGCGCUGACGCCCGAGGAGGCGCUAGCCCUGCUGACGAAGGCCCGCGACUCGGGGAAAGACGCGCGGUUCGCCGACGCGCUGCAGAGCCGCGCCGUCCCCGCGUACACCACGAGCGCGGGCUGGCUGGGCUACGGCGAGGACAAGAUGCGCGCGCUGCUCCGCGAGACCCUCGCCCACGGCUACAAGCACUUCAAGCUCAAGGUCGGCGGCUCCGUCGCCCAGGACAAGCACCGCCUGGCCAUCGCGCGCGACAUCAUCGGCUACGACCGCGGCAACGUGCUCAUGGUCGACGCGAACCAGAUCUGGAGCGUGCCCGAGGCCAUCGCCCACAUGACCCAGCUGGCCGAGUACAAGCCGUGGUUCAUCGAGGAGCCGACGUCGCCCGACGACAUCCUGGGCCACAAGGCGGUGCGCGACGCCCUGCGGCCGCACGGCAUCGGCGUCGCCACGGGCGAGAUGUGCCAGAACCGCGUCGUCUUCAAGCAGCUGCUCGCGAGCGGCGCCAUCGACGUGUGCCAGAUCGACGCGUGCCGGCUCGGCGGCGUGAACGAGGUGCUAGCGGUGCUUCUGAUGGCGGCGAAGUUCGGGGUUCCGGUGGUCCCGCACUCGGGCGGCGUGGGCCUGCCCGAAUACACCCAGCACCUGAGCACGAUCGACUACGUGGUCGUCAGCGGGAAGCGCUCCGUGUUGGAGUACGUCGACCAUCUGCACGAGCACUUCCUGCACCCGUCCGCGGUCAAGGACGGCUACUACCAGACGCCGACGGAGCCGGGGUACAGCGUGGAGAUGAAGGCGGAGAGCAUGGAUCGGUAUAGUUACCCGGGCGAGGAGGGGGUAAGCUGGUGGAGGACCGAGGAGGCUCGGCCGAUUUUGGAGGGGGAGAAGAUUUAG